AUGCUCCUCUCAUCAUGGCGCAUGCUUAGCGCCUGCUCGCGCGAGCUCAGCCGCGAGGCCAUGCAUCUUCUCGAGCAGCACGUCUAUCGGCCCGCGCAGCAGCUUAGCUAUACGAUGCCGCCGCCCGAGACAUGUCCGUUGGCGACGGACCAAGUGCUCUUCUUGGACCACGAGGCACACAAGUACCGCGUGCACGCCAACCGCUGGAAGUGCGGGUACUGCGGCAAGCAAUUCCGUGGUGAGCCCUUCGUAGACCAGCACAUGGACGCCAAGCACACGGCCGAGGACGACCAUGGUUUAUGUUUGGCCGACUUUUGCGGUAUUCUCAACUGCCCGUCGGCCCGCGCGCAGGCCCGGCACGCCAAGUGCAGCCACAAUACAGUGUUUCGUCUGCGCCAGCAGUGCAAGACACUCUUUCAAGCAUGCUUCCCGUACGAAGCUCCGUCUGUCAACACGAUGCGGCGGUCCGAGCCGGCGUCCAACGUGCUUUUUGAGUAUGUGCGCGAAAACGUCUGCGAGGCCAUCACGUGCGAAGGAAGCUACGACGACGACGACGACACGUCGAGUCCGUUUUUCGCCGGCGUUAUCAUUGUGCUCAAGGUGCUUGGCAUGCUCACGCUCGUUGUCGCGUGCGUUCUUGUCCUGGAUCGGUACGGUCUCCCUUCUGUCUGCGAUGUCAGCAAUGUCUUUAGGCCCGUCCGCACCAAGCGGCAUCGACGUCACUAA